AUGUCGGUACUAAGAUCGAAGUCACCCUGUGUAUACCGUUCUUUUCAUAGCAGUUGCCGAGCACUGAGUUACAACAAUGUCAAGCUAACACUAUUCUCAAAACCUCAAUGUGGUCUUUGUGAGGAAGCCCAUGAGAUUAUUAAUGAUACACUUGAAUCUUCAGAGUUUGCAAAGGAACCUUUACGCCAGAAUAUGCAAAUAAUCAAUAUUAACAAGGAUCCCAAAUGGUGGAAGGAAUAUUGUUUUGAUAUUCCUGUCUUACAUAUAGAGAAACAAGGUGAUCCAUCGUCUUUAUUUAGAAUAAUGCAUCAUUUUAGGGAGGAUGAGUUAACUACUGCCUUAAAGAAGUUUAAAUAA